CUUCAAUGAAGUCCAAAUUCUAUUAUGGAAGAGCUGAGCAACCUUGGAUUCUUCAAAGAAAAUUCCCAAAAGCUGAUGGAGCGCAAAGUGAGCUUUGAGAAACGAGAAAAGAAAAUGGCUCCAGAGAUCCUCAGACAAACCGAAGAACAGAGGGCUCGGCUCCUGGAAGAGUAUCCUGUGAAUCAACUCUACCAACUCAAGCGAAACUGUAAUGCCUGUCAGGAAAAAGACAUCAGCCUGCUAGAGGGAGAGCUGGUGGCUCUGCUGGAGGACAGAGACCCGAUGGGCAGCAACAGCCGCUGGCUAGUGCACACUGGGGGUGUGCAGGGAUAUGUGUAUUCCUCAUUCCUGAAGGUUUAUAACCCCCAACGGGAGGUGACGGAGAGGCCGGAUGACUUUGACAAUCUGCGUCUGUUUGUGUCGGCCAGCAGAAGCACCGCAUGA